AUGAGGACUCUGCCCACCAUGCACCUGCUGCCUGUCCUGCUCCUGCUGCCUGUGCUACUCCUCCUGCUGCAGCCACUGCAGCUUCAGGGGAGAAGGAAGUAUUAUAUUUUAAGUGAGAAUGCAUCAGAAGAAGCUUUAGAAUAUUUUGAUGAAGUUUUGGGUCCAGGUCCUACCAGACGACCUACCAAAAAGAAAUUCCUACAGAUGGCCCUUAUUAAUUCUGAGAGACCUUUAUGGGAUCCGGAUUAUUGUACUGGUGAAAUGAUGUAUAGAAAUGUUCAUAAGAGGUUCAUGUGUGUGACAGAACAUUACUUCCUCCAAAUGUUCUAUGAGGAGUUGCUAGAGAUCUGCACCCACCCAGUCGUGCCUUGUAAGAAUGGGAUUCAAAAAUGUAGGAGAGGCAAUAAAAUAAUAAAGGGAGUGCAUU